GGGAUAGAAAUAGGCGGCGGCUGCCGGUGCGGACUCGUCGCAGCGCAGCGAGGGGAAGGAGAAGGAGCAGCGAGAGCAGCGGCGCCGGUUCCCUGCAGCAGCCAAGAGCCGGGCAGGGCCAGCCCUUCCCCAGCUGCCUCGCCUUGAGAUUUUUCCUCCUUUUUAUAUCUUUUUGCAAAAUAAACGGGAUUUUUUUUUGAAGUUUUUUUUCUUGCAUCCAGAUUUAUAGCAAAAUUAAGCGGCAGGACUCGCCCUCACUUCCCUCCGAGCACGCAGCGGCUCUUUCUGCCGGCUUUUGUGCCCUGAAGCCCCGUCCCUCCUCUUCCUCCUCCCCUUCCUCCGCCGUAAAGCCUUAACGAGGCUCUGAGAAGCAUCCGAAAGCGCCGCAGCCGCUUGUUCCAACCACCCCGCACAGCGACGACUGCAACAAAAAGCCUUUUUUAAAAUUAUUCGGCCCCCCCUUCCUUCCUAUUUUUUUUUCUCCUCCCUGCCCCCCCGCAAACGCACCAAGGUGGACGCGGAGCGCAAAAAGACCUUUGUUUUAAAAAUGCCCAUGGAGCUGACGCAAAGCCGCAUCCAGAAGAUUUGGCUUCCCAAUGACAACCGGCCGGCUCUGCCCCGCCGCUCUUGUGGGCCGCAGCUUGCCAAUUCCCCCACCGUGAUAGUGAUGGUUGGCCUCCCAGCCCGUGGGAAGACCUACAUCUCCAAGAAGCUGACUCGCUACCUCAACUGGAUUGGUGUCCCAACAAAAGUUUUCAACGUGGGGGAAUAUCGCCGCGAGGCGGUGAAGCAUUACAGCUCCUAUGACUUCUUCCGCCCCGACAAUGAGGAGGCCAUGAAAGUCAGGAGGCAAUGUGCCCUGGCUGCCUUGAGGGACGUCAAGCUGUACCUGACGGAGGAGGCUGGCCAGAUCGCGGUUUUUGAUGCCACCAAUACCACACGGGAGAGGAGAGGGAUGAUCCUAAAUUUUGCCAAAGAAAAUGGGUUCAAGGUGUUCUUUAUUGAAUCUGUCUGCAAUGAUCCCACGGUAGUUGCCAGCAAUGUUAUGGAAGUAAAAUUGUCCAGCCCCGAUUACCGGGACCGUAAUUCAACCGAUGCCAUGGAGGACUUCAUGAAGAGGAUCAAUUGUUACCAGGCCAGCUACCAGCCACUCGACCCUGAUGACUAUGACCGGGAGCUUUCUCUCAUCAAAGUCAUCGACGUUGGCCGGCGGUUCUUGGUCAACAGGGUUCAGGAUCACAUCCAGAGCAGAAUCGUUUACUACCUGAUGAACAUUCAUGUCCAGCCUCGUACCAUUUAUCUCUGUCGGCAUGGUGAGAGCGAGUUCAACCUCAAGGGGAAGAUUGGAGGUGACUCGGGCCUCUCCAACAGGGGCAAGAAGUUUGCAUUUGCACUGAACAAGUUUGUUGAGGAGCAGAACCUGAAGGACCUCAAAGUCUGGACCAGCCAACUAAAGAGGACAAUCCAGACGGCAGAAGCUCUCCAACUGCCUUACGAGCAGUGGAAGGCACUCAAUGAAAUAGACGCUGGUGUGUGUGAAGAAAUGACAUAUGAAGAAAUCAGAGAGCAGCAUCCAGAUGAAUUUGUUUUACGUGAUCAGGAUAAAUAUUAUUACCGCUAUCCGUCUGGGGAGUCCUACCAAGAUCUGGUGCAGCGCCUGGAGCCGGUCAUCAUGGAGCUGGAGAGGCAAGAGAACGUCCUUGUGAUCUGUCAUCAGGCUGUCAUGCGCUGUCUCCUGGCAUACUUCCUGGACAAGAGUGCAGAUGAAAUGCCCUACCUGAAAUGUCCCCUUCACACAGUGUUGAAGCUGACCCCGGUGGCCUAUGGCUGCCGGGUGGAGUCCAUCUCGCUGAACAUCGAAGCCGUCAACACCCAUAGGGAACGACCAGAGGAAGCAAAGAAGGGACCUAACCCGCUCAUGAGACGUAAUAGCGUUACCCCUCUAGCAAGCCCAGAGCCCACCAAAAAACCUCGCAUCAACAGCUUUGAGGAGCAUGUGGCUGUUUCUUCUGCCCUGCCAGGCUGUGUUCCUCAGGAAGUGCCCACGCAGCUGCCGGGACAACCUUUACUAGGGAAGGCAUGCCUAACAUGAACAACUCGCAGAAGCCGUCAUGACUCCAUGGGUGCUGUUGCGAGGCCACCAGCGACGUCAUCGGCGACGCCAGCUUCCCAUCCCAUCGCCAUUUCCGAAGCUUGCUUACAAACCGGUCUCUCUCCCGUCUGUGGCGAGGUCAACCCUCGGCUGUUUCUACCCACGCCUGUUCAUCUGCAAACUGCUCUGCUGAAGUGGGGAGAGAUGCAGGAGAGCGGAGGAGAGGAGCCGAGCUCCACAGGUCACCACCAGAUCUUUAGGCUGCGGCAUUUGCUCUCCGCUCCGGUGUCGCGUUAGAUCGUAGCAAGCUGUAAAGUGCUUCUAGCGCACAGGAGUUUAAUUUUCUUCCUCUGUAAGCGGUUUUGAUCUCCUUUUGUAUAGAUGACUGGUACCCAUCCAUCUGUGGGUGGGGUGUAUAUAUGUGGAUGGUGCGGGGUUAGCAGAGAAAUAGGGGGAAGCGGGAGGGAAACAAAGGGGUUUUGCAUUUUUUAUUUUAAUUAUUAUUAUUAAUUACUUUUCAAGAAAAACCCUGAUGUGCUGUGUUUGCAGUCCUUUACCCAUGCUACAGCCUCUCGCACACACUAACCCAGCUCAUCCAGGCCCAUGAGCCAAGGCAGUUGUGUGAAGUCCUUUACAGCAAAACUGCUGGGUUUAACGAAAAAACACCCAAAAACAUUUUCUCUUUUUUUUUUUUUUUUUUUCUUUUAAUCAAUACACCUAAAAGGGGUUUGCAGAGAAUGUAGAUACACUUCUAAACCUGGUCACAAGCUGCCUUUACUGUAGAGGAAGCCAUGGUGAUGCUUUCAUCUCGGGUAAUGCUCUCAUCUCAAGGAGUGCCCAGGGAUGGUCUGAGUUCAGAUGUGCGUCAGUUUUCUGGGGAGACUGAGCAUGGGUUGAGGUGCUGUGCCAGUACUACAUCUCCCCUUUCCUCUUCCUUGGAGGAAAGUGGAGAUUUUUUGGGGGGAGGUUGGAAUCCCUGCAUCAUCGCAGGAUUUAAGUUAGGCUGAGCAAGAUGUUUUUUGCAGACAUGUGUCUUGUGGAGGUGGCCAGAGGUCUGGCUGGGAUGCAGGAGUCCCUCUGUGACUGCAAAAAGCCACAAGAAGGGACAGUUUUGUCUGUUUUCUCUUUUUUUGUCGUUUUUAAUUUAAUAUAUAUACAUGCACACAUAAAUGUGUGUAUAUGUGUAUACCUAGAAACCGCUUGGUUUUUGCACUUUAUUUGUGGCAAGAGCAUAUUUUAUUUUUCAAGUUAUGCCCCUUGACAGGGGAAGCCUGAACACAGGCAGCUUUUUAUUUUAUUUUGCAUGCUAGAAAGCUGGGACUACAAAUAAGCAGUAGUUACAGCAUUCAAGGUGUGUGUGCGGGGGGGUGGGAAACAAGGCGAGGUCCUGACUUAGACCAUCAGCCAACUCCCAGGGGUUCGAUAUGCAAGAUCCCUUCUUGGCACCUGUCCCGGGCUGCGAGACGGUGGAUAAAAACGGCAAUUAACCACUAUUGCUUUGUGCAAAAGUCUGUGGAUUUUGGGGGUUUUAUUUAUUUUUUUUUUUUUUUUUUAGGGGUUUGGUUUGUUUUUCCCACUCUAUGCGGCAUCUUCUCCAUCUUGUGUAACUAUAUCCCUACAGAUGGGAGCAGAGAGGUUUAGGGAGAAAUUAUGAUUAUUAUUUUUAAUGUUUUUUGUGUGUGUUUUUGGGGGGUUUGGUCUGUUUUUCCUUUGGGGAAAGGCGAACCACAGUGCCUAGCGCUUCAGCCUUGUGCAACCGAGUACGUGCUCGGAGUGGCACCGAUGCCAGGAGGGGACUGAGACCAUGCUUGGUCCGUAUCCGACCGAGAGGGACAUUCUUGGUGUUGCCCUGCCUGUGUGAGCUUGUUCAUAUGUGUAUUAUAUUCCUGUACAGAUGAAACAAAGAACGCUUCCCCCCUUUUUUAUUUUAAUAACCGCAUUAAAAGCAGACUUGGUUGACAUCUGUCCUUUUGGUUUCUCUGAGUUUAAGAAAAAAAAAAUAACACACGAAUAUUUUGGGAAGGCAAGCCACUUGUCUUUUCAGCCUCCUUCCCGGGGAGUGUUAUCUUUCUCCUUCUGCUACGAAAAGAUAAGCCUGCAAAGACAAACAUGACGUUUGGCUGCCCCAUGAUCAAUCCUGUAAACAUGUAAUUCUGCAGAUGUUUUGGCAUGUAUUUAUGUGUGUGUGUAUAUACAUAUAUAUAUAUAAAUAUAUAUAUAUAUAUAUAUAAAUCAAACAGCAAAAAAAAACCUUAAUGACCCUAAACUAUCUACCCUUGGCAAUAACAGAAGUCUUAGUAGAUCCUACAAAAAAGGUGAAAUUUGAACCUGGCUUUUUUUCCAGCGAGGGCAAAGUUGGUCUCUGAGCAGUAGAGAUGUUCUCUCAUGCUGGAGGGGUUGGCGGUAGGUGGGACGGUGUCAGCCCCAUCCCAUCGCACUGCCCCAGAAAAUCACUGCCUGUUGUUUUUGGUUAACGGGCCAAGGACCGGGCAGUGAUGCGGCAUCAUGGCGGGUGGGGAGAGGGGACUUGUUGAACCACACCAAUGAUUUCUUCCCUCCCCCUUAUUUUAUUUUCCUGAUUUAGUUUUCCUUUGUGAUACUUGAAUUUUUUUUUUAAUAGCAAAGCGCUUUUUAUUUAUUUAAUGCAUAUUGCAAAGCUUGGAGAGAAGGGUAGUUACUUGGGAUUUUUUUUUUUUUUUUGGAUUUGUGGUAUGUUAACUGUUCUGUAUAUACACCUGGAAUAAUUGCCUGAUACAAAGCUGUGCCAGCUUAAAAACAGGGUAUGCCUUUCAGAAAUUUGUAUAUUUUGCAGUUGCUGGACCAAUAAAAUAUCUUGUUGAAAUACA